CUUCCCGGCCUCACCGGAAGAGCCGCCAUGUUGGUUUUUUUCCCCUUCACAGGCCUCGUAGGGGGGCGGAGGGCCCGGGGGGGCCCCCCCCAGUCACCUCCCCUCUUCCCCGUCACCGCCGUCGUCGCCGCCGCCGCCACCACGGCCGAGUCUGCGUCCCGCCUUGCCCCGCCCCGCGGCCACAGGCCCAACCCAUCCCGGGCACAGGCACAGCCCACCGCGGAGUGACUGGCAGACUACUGGGCGGGCGCGAGCGCGGCCAGCCGGACGAGCGCGCCUCGGGCGCGCGAGAGGCUUUUGCCGCCACCACCGCCGCCGCCUCUACCGCCGCCGCCGCCGCCGCCGCCGCCGCUGCCGCUGGAGAGGGGCGCGAGCCAGUUACGCACAGCGCCACCCGGCGGCCUGAGGGCAUGCUGAGGGCAUCCUGCCAAGGCUUGGGCCUUCACACAUUCCCUGAAAUGCUGCCUUUGACCAUAGAGCAGCUAGACCUCUCUCAUAACCAUUUGCGAGUCCUACAGGACAACACUACGGAAGAACGGCCAAAUCUUCGGUACCUGGAUCUUGGGGGGAACCAGCUAGAUAGACUCUCCCCAGGGGCCCUGCUGCCCCUGCGCUGGCUCCAGGCUCUCAUUCUGGCAGGCAACACCCUGAACCAGGAUUAUGAGUCCAACAGCCAGGCACUGUGGCCUUUAGACCACCUACACUUUUUGGACCUCUCGGCCAACUGCCUAGAUGGUGACAUGGCUGCUGUCUAUGUGGCCAAUCUCAGCUCCUUGUGGAGCCUGGAUCUCUCCAACAACCACAUCAGACUCCUAGCACGUGGCACCUUCCUGGGCAACCCCAACCUGUUGGACAUUAACCUCAGUGGCAACUAUAUCCUGCAGAUAGAAGCAGGGGCUUUCCAGGGCUUGUUACAGCUGCGGGAGCUCUCCCUGGCUAGAAACUCCUUGCACUGCAUCUCUGAUUUCAGCCUCCGGCCCCUGUGGAGACUCAACUUAAGCUUUAAUGCCCUGCAGUUCUUUGCCACUGAGGAAGGAAACUGGGGGUACCAGCUACAGGUGCUGGACCUGAGCCAUAAUCAGCUAAGGGCCGUGCCCAUGCUUUCAGCUCUGCACCAUCUCCGCCAUCUCAACCUCUCGGACAACCAUCUGGCUUCCCUGGAGUCCCAUCCUCCACCCUUACCUCAGGACACUGCCCUUUGGUACCAAGAGGUGAUAAGGCCAAAUCUGACCCAGAGUGGCCAGAAUCCAGCAGUCAGCUUACCUGGGCUCACUGACCUUGACCUCAGUAGGAACCAACUGGGCAUGUUUCCAGUGGACUUCCUUAGCCACCUCUCUGCCCUCCAGAGACUCAGCAUGGCCUGGAACUGUCUCCAGAAUCUAUCAGCUCUGCAACCCAUGUCUGUGCUGCCGCUCCUGCCCCUGAGGACUCUGGAUCUCCAAGGGAAUCACAUUCAGACUUUUCCAAGCUGGGUCUUUGAAAUGCUGCCCAGUCUCAAAGUCUUGAACUUGGGUGACAAUGAGCUACAGUUAUGCUGGAGGACAGAGGCUGGCCAAGACGGGCCCUUCCGAGGGACCCCUCAGCCAUUUGGCUCUGCCUUCCAGCUGAAGCACCUGAGCCUCAGUAGAAACGGGCUGAGGAAGUUGUGCUCCUCUGCAUUUUCUCCUACAACCUUGUUCUCUCUAGAUCUCUCUGGUAACACAGGGCUGGCUCUGGUCCCCAGUGACCUUCAGGGCCUUCAGCAUUCUUUGCGUGAGCUCUCCUUCCGAGGGAAUGGCAUGGAAAGCACCCACUUGGGGCUUCCCUGCCUUCAGGAACUGCGAGUCUUGGACCUAUCAGGCAAUACACUGGAUAGCCUGCCUUGGACCCUCAACUGCUCCCCAUUUCUGCAGCGUUUAGACCUGCGCAAAAACCAUCUCCAGGCCUUGGACACAGAGGCACUGGGUAGCUUGAGUGGCCACCUCACAUCCAUGUUCAUCGCAGGUAACCCCUUUCACUGCUGUACCCUGGGCUGGUUGGUUGCUUUGGCCAGUGCCAAUGUUAGCAUACCAGACUUAGGAGAAGCCCAGUGUGUAUACCCAAGCAGUGAUGGGGGCUCCUGGGGCCCCCUAGCCAGGGACCACCGUCAGUUCUGUACAUGGUGGCAAGGAACUCAGGCUGCGUGGGUGCUACUGGCUGUCGUUAGCCUGUUCCUCAUCUGCUGUGUGGUGACCUCCCUGCUGCAAAAUAGUCCAAGGCUGCCCUGGGCCCUGCGGCUUAGGAAGAGUCACCAAGGCUGGAACUAGAGGACAGCCACAAGACCAGGGGUGGGAAGAACAUGGGCUGGCCUAGUCUGGAGAGGGAGAGGCCAGUGGGAGAUGGCCAAGCGAAGGAAGAGCUCUAGCAGCUCUGAAGGCCUUGAAGGCCUCAAAUGUCUGUCUUCUUUUGGAGUCUGUGUAUUUCCAGUGAUCCUCUAAUAUUGUAUGUUUGCUUCUGGGAGCGAUCAGAGAUCCCCUGGAGGACAACAUGAGUUCAAAUGAAAUCUGAAGGUCAGAAAGCCCUUUGGCCUCUAAACCAGUUCAGAAA